AUAUAGAAUAUAAUUCGUGUUAAAUAUGGUUAUAAUUUAGUGUCUUUUUUCGGACAUCAGUUCUAAAAUAUGAACAUAGCUAACUUAAAUGUCACCAAAACGACUGGAAAAAUAACUGUUAAUAAAAACUUCUUUCACUGCCGCAGAUAGGGGUCGAAGAACUACAGUAAGUAAAAAGAAAAAACUGCACGUUUACGUCUCGGGCGCACGCUGACGUCAAGGACGUACAUUCAGAAAAGAACUGCACGUUUGCGUCAGGCACGCAGAUCUACGCCGUGACGUAGGAUUAUAUUUAAGUAGGACCUCGAAGCCCGCCAUUUCGUGUUUUCGAGACGAGAGUGUGGAGGUUGUACUGUCGGUAUCUGCGUGGCCUGAAGCUGAGGUUGUAGUGUUAAGUGCCUCGUUGGCUUGGAGUUACUCUUUGGAGAGCUGAGGUCAGCUGAAAUGGGAGAUCCCAUGCACAGAGACUGCCCGCUUGACUGCAAGGUCUACGUGGGAAACCUGGGCAACAACGGCAACAAGACAGAGCUCGAGAGGGCCUUUGGGUACUAUGGCCCGCUGCGCAGUGUAUGGGUAGCUAGGAGCCCUCCUGGCUUUGCCUUUGUCGAGUUUGAAGACCCUCGCGACGCUGCAGAUGCUGUCCGUGAACUUGAUGGAAGGACCCUCUGUGGCUGCCGUGUUCGAGUGGAACUGUCCAAUGGGGAGAAACGCUCACGAAACAGGGGUCCCCCUCCUUCCUGGAGCCGCCGGCCACGAGAUGACUACUGCCGCCGCCGCAGUCCGCCACCCCGUCGCAGAUCUCCCCGCAGGAGGAGUUUCAGCCGAAGUCGCAGCAGAUCUCUGUCUAGAGACAGGAGGAGGGACCGGUCACUUUCACGAGACAGAAACCACAGACCGUCGCGCUCAUUCUCCAGGUCACACAGCCGCUCCCGGUCCAAUGAUAGGAAGUGAGAAGAGCCUGAAGUCGUCCACUUCGGAGCCUUGGUUUUCCUUCAUUUGUAAUAUGGACUGCAAACUUUUUUUAUCCCUUUUAGCUGUUUAGUUGAGCUCUUCCGGUGGUGGGAGAUAUGUACCGAUGUACUUUUCAGUGUAUGUGCAGAAACGUUCCACGUGUGCGCAGCGUGCGUUAAAAUCGGAGCUGCAUCGCUCACAAGAACGCUGGGACAAAGGUGAUGGUAAUGUUAGCAUGUUUUGCAAGAACAUCAGUGUGAUGUGAAGAAACUUCUCCCCUCCUUGAAUGUUUGAAUUAAAAUUGUUCACAAAA